CGGGCCGGGCCGCUGCGGAGCCGGGCCGAACGCGGGAGCGCCCGAGCCCGGGACGAGCGCCGCGAGAGGUGCGCGAGGCCGGCGCGGCCGGGGACGCAGAGCGACGCGCUCGACCGUCGACCCCGGGCCUGGCGGCCAGACCCGAGCAGUCGCAGGCCGAGCGCCGAGCAGGGCGGGGCGGAGCGCGCCCCCCUGCGGAGCCCCGCGCCGCCCGCCGCCCCGGAAAGCCGCCGGGCCUGGGGACCUGCGGUCGCCGUCGUGUGCGCGCUCUCCGCGGCCCCCGGGGUCUCCCCGCAGGGCCCGGCCGGGGCUGUGCCGUCGGCCCCGCGCUGCCCUCCCGCGGCGUUCACGGCUCGCGCGCUCUCGGUGCGCCUGUCGGGACGGGGCUCGCCCCGCGCUCCCGCGCCCUGCGGCCUCUCCCGGCGCUGACCGCGGGGUCUCCGUUCGCUCCCCGCGCUCGGCCGCGCUCCCGGGGGCCGGGGCAGCUCCGGCCGGCCGGCGCGGGAGGAGAAAGUUGAACUGGUUCUGCGUGCGCCGGUUUGUACCAGAUUCCGCAAGGGCAGGGGUCCUCGCGCAGCGCGAGUCGUUUGAAGGACCCACCCGCAAGCCGUACCCGAAGAAGUGCCCAGACAAGAGAUUUUUGUUAUAUGACUUCAUGAAAAAUAGUGAAAUGUCAGGCUCUUCACCGUUUAAGAUGCGAUUAGUUCAUUUGGACCUUAAAGGAGCUCCACCAAAAGUUUCCUACCUCUCGGAGGUCUUUCCUCUGUUCCAUGCCUUGGGCGCCAACGGGCUCCUCCUCGAGUAUGAAGACAUGUUUCCCUACGAGGGCCGCCUCAGGCUGCUGAGAGCCAAGCACGCAUACAGCCCCCCCGAAAUCAAAGAGAUCCUACAUCUGGCUACACUGAACAAGCUAGAGGUCAUUCCAUUGGUGCAGACAUUUGGACACAUGGAGUUUGUGCUGAAGCAUGAGGCUCUCACUCACCUCCGAGAAGUGGCACUUUUCCCGAACACCCUGAACCCCCAUGAGGCAGAGGCCCUGGCGCUGGUGGGAGCCAUGGUCAGCCAGGUCAUGGAGCUGCACCCGGGCGCUCGGUGGUUCCAUGUCGGCUGCGACGAGGUCUAUUACCUUGGCGAGGGCGAGGCCUCAAAACGGUGGCUGCAGCAGGAAUGUAACACCAAAGCAAGACUGUGUCUGUCCCACAUAAAGGCAGUGGCCUGCCACGUGCUGGCCCGGCACCCUGCCACAAGGCCCCUGGUGUGGGACGACAUGCUGCGGGCCAUCCCCGAGGACCAGCUCUCAGCAUCGGGGCUGCCGCAACUCGUGGAGCCUGUGCUCUGGGACUACGGGGCCGACCUAGACGUCCAUGGCAAAGCUCUUCUCAUGGAAAAGUACCGGAAGUGUGGUUUUCUCCGGCUGUGGGCCGCCAGCGCCUUCAAGGGGGCCACGGGGGUGAGCCAGGCCCUGACCCCCAUCGAGCACCACCUCAGGAACAACGUGCAGUGGCUGCAAGUGGCGGCCCGUGGGCCUGCGGACAUGCUGCAGGGCAUCGUCCUGACCGGCUGGCAGAGGUAUGACCACUUCUCCGUGCUGUGCGAGCUGCUUCCCGUGGGAAUCCCGUCCCUGGCCGUCUGCCUGCAGUCGCUCCUACACGGAGGGUUUACCGAAGACGUUAAAGCAAAAGUGGAGAACUUUCUCGGGAUUUCAAACCUAGAAGUAACUGAUUUUACAAGCGAGGGGCCCGGCUCCUUCCCUGGCAGCGAUAUCCUGGCCCUCGUCACGCAUGUCAGCCUCCACUUGCGCAGCUCCGUGGACACGCUGCUGGAGAGGGACAGGUACGUGAGCGGCUGGUUCAGCCCUUACCACCGCAGGAGGAAGCUCAUCCACCCGGUCAUGGUCCAGCACAUCCAGCCUCAGGCGCUCAGCCUGCUGGCCAGGUGGAGCGCCAUGGUGCGGGAGCUGGAGGCCGCCCUGCAUCGUGUCUUCUAUCCCGACGCUGUGGAGGAGUGGCUGGAGGAGAACGUGCAGCCCAGCCUGAGGCGGCUACAGGCCUUGCUGCAGGACCUUAGAGAGGCGGCUACCGCCAGGCCGCACAUGGCUCAGGACCCCUGAGGGGGCGGGCCGGGCACCCCGUCCAGCUGUGUCCAUCCUGGCGCCGGCAGCCCGCCUCCCCCUGUACCCGAGACUCCCUGCAACAGGCCACACCCAGGGAGCAGACGGUUCUCGCUGGGAAGGACGAGUGGCGAGGUCCAGGGAAGACACGCUGAGGCCUGCCGACCGAUCCGCGUGUGGAACUUGUGCGCUUGAAAUACAGCGGACAGCGGGAGCCGGAGCCGCUGCUGGUGGGAGUCAGACUCGCUGCCAGCGCGCGUCCCACACCCGUGGUCCUGAGACCCUCCUCACCCCGCGAGCCCAGCCAAGGCAGA